AUGAAAAAAUUAAAUACGGCUUUUCGAUUUCUUCUAACGGUGUACUUCUACACCGUCAUGUCGCUCUUCCUCAUCAUUUCCUGCGCCGUUCUCUUCCUUGAGGGUCUUUGCCUCUUCCCGCUGCUGCUCAUCAAACCCAGACUCCGCAUUGUCAUUCUGGGCGGGACUCACCAGCGCUUGAUGGACAUCGCUUACCACCUCUGCAGGCCGUUUUGGGGGAAGCGGGUUCUGCGGCCUUUGCCUGCGGGGAUAUCUUCAAAGAAGGUGAUAGUGGUGGUGAACCACACGAGCAAAAUAGACCCCUGGGUCGUCGGCUCCAUGCUCAUCGGCCACCCCGCCAUCUACGUCAUCAAACGCUCUCUCCUCAAAGUCCCAAUUGCAGGAUGGGCGCAGUACAUGGCCGGCGCGCUGUCUGUACAGUUCACGAAGGAAAGAGGCGGCUGGGGAACUCAGCCCGGCUCUGUGCAGGACAUGAUGAAAGAAGCUUUGAAACAUCUGGCGGACGGCAUUUGUGUCGUCGUUUUCCCCGAGGGCACCCGCAGUGUCUCGGGAAGACUCCAGCCUUUUAAAAAUGGCUUUUUCAGACUUGCUGCUGAAAACCCAGACAUCCACAUCUUGCCAAUUGCGCUGCACAACAACUUCCGGCUGUGGCCAGUGAGCAGCAAACUUUUGUAUCCAGGAACUUCUUAUGUUUCUUGCGGAGACCUUAUUCCUGCAGAGGGUUUGAGCACAGAAGAACUUCGGGACAAAACGCAUGCAUGCAUUUUCAAUCUUUUAAAACUCUCCCCCGAAUUCGACCCGCUGCAGGAACAGCCCCUUACGGAGGCUGCGGGGGCCCGGGAGCACGGGCUGUAG